AUGACUGCUUUCACACUAAUCAUCGCGUUCCAAUUGCUGAGCGCAGGCUCGGCUCUCUCCCCCAUUGAGCCAUUCCUGCUAGCCAAGCCAGACUUCAGCCUUGUAGAGCAGCAUCAAGGGAGAUGGUCAAACAUGUCCAUCGCCUUCGAUGAUCCACUAGAUGAGCGCCAUCUCUUUUCAAGACAAUCUCAAGGCUGUGAGGAUCCUGGCUACGGUAAUAUCUCCACAUACCCUGCCCAAACAUCGAUAAAUGCUGUCCCGCUGGCGACUCAUGCCAACAAAGUGGCUGUUGCAGUUACGGCCAAGUUCAAUGCUCGAGUAGCUCGUGCUACGAUCCAGAAACGCAAGUCUGCUGCAAAGACGGUUUUUCUUGUCCGAAAGGUCGCGACUGCGUGCCCGGGGGCUGUUGUCCAACAGGCCAGCAACCGUGCGGGGCAUCUCACUGCUACGAUCCGGAAAAGGAGCAAUGCUGCAAGGACGCCUCGCGCGGAUGUGACAAAGAUCUCACCUGCUGCGGCCAAGACUGCUGUUCAAAGUACGCGAAAUGCAACAACGCCCGACGGAGAGGAGGAAGCUCCGGAAUUCACCUGUGUACCUGUGACUGCAACAGACGCUGUGGGAGACACGUUAGAGUUAGGUGAUGAUUGCGGAUUGACGUUGCAGCUCGCUAUUUUCAACUCCACCAACUCAUCAUCGAGCACGACGGCGACACCGACACCGAGAAUGAAGCCGAGAGCCCCGCAGGCGUCGCCAGCGGACGAUACAUGUCUUUACACCAGCACAAACAUAGUGACAUAUACGAAGAAUACGAUCACGACUACCACCACGACUGUGACCAGGGAGGAGCCUACCCAGAGCUUUUCGUGUCCGCCUAUGAGUGUCACGAAUGGCGUGGGCGAUGAGUUGAGCUUGGAUGAGGAAUGUGGCUAUAAAGGGAUGCUCGCUGGAGCGGAGCGCCCGACAGAAAGCCUGACAGCGAUGUCAGGAUCAAAGCUACUCGAACGAGUCUCGCACUCAUUCCACUUCCGUGACCACCAUAAGCAGGCUGGCAAUGUCAUGGUUGCGCCGCUUUAUGAGUUCAGCCUUAGUGUGGAUGAAUCCAGUUAUGUUGCGACGAUUGAAGACGUGCGGAGGAUGUUAGAGGAUACGUUUCAAACCACGUAUCGCACUGAAGACAUCCAGGCAGUGGUUCAGAAAGCUCGAGAUAGAGAGAAAGGCAGCGAAGAAGGCGGCCAGGACGAAUUCUGGGGGGUCGGCGAGCAGGGUCUGAGCGCGUGCUUCGAAGCGAGAGUGGGCACACUGAUGCAUGGGCAGUAG